AUGCAAACAAACGCCAAUUCAUCAGCCAUCUCAGGUACCAUUAGUACCCUGCAGAGUAUUCAGUCGGGUGUAGUCGGGCAAGAGGUCUCAAACCAAAACGGCGUCAACUAUCGUCGCCGGCAACGCAACGAAAUGCUGUUCAAGAUUGCGCGGUCCAGGAAUUAUUUUUCGCGCUUGCCCACGGAAAUGCUCGCCCAAAUUUUCCUGUACUGCAUCCCAGAAGGAAACUGGAAGCCUGUGCCACGUCGGGCACCCAUGCUGUUGACCGCAGUAUGUCGACGAUGGCGGGAGGUUGCUCUGGACAUGCCAGAUCUAUGGCGCAGGCUACAAUUCAACGUCGGGUACGGUGACUGGCGGAAGAGAGCCUUGUGCUACGACUCCUGCCUCAAACGAUCACGAGGACGUCAGCUGUUGUUGACACUCGAGUGCUAUGACGACAACUUGACGGAGCUACAAAGCCUGCUCCGGCCAUAUGUCAAUCAAGUAUCGUCGCUGACUGUUAGGACAUUCUCCCGUACCUGCUGUCCACUGGCGGCCGCAGACUUCGGCGGACUAAAUGAGCUCGUCAUACACGGUUUUUAUACUGUGCUCGCUGUUCCGGAAUCUAUCGGACAAUUGCCGCCUAACAUGCGCAGUCUCAAGUUAAUGAACGUGGUGCUUACCGUCCACAUGUUAUCUUCCUUCAAACCUCUCUCAUGGGCCGGUCUCACAAAUCUGGAGCUCAUCCUAGACGGCCCAAACCCCUUUGCGCAGUUGCUCCGUUGGUGUCCCAAUCUCUCGUCCUUGACGAUAGUUGGAAUAUUCACGGCAAUCGAGACCUCAAAAGCAUUCGUCCAUCCCAAACUUCAAACCUUUCGCAUAUCUGGGAAUUUGCAUGUGGACUCGAUCGACAAAUUCAAAGCCAUCACGCUCCCCAAUCUACGUGCGUUCGAGGCUCGCAAUACAGGCCAAUGGCCUCACGAAGAUUUCAAGGCGUUUUUGACACGGUCGCAGUGUCGUCUGGAGAGCCUGCUCUUUAGUGGUGGGGUGGUGACAACGGAUGGACAGCUAGCAGAAUACGUUGCACUUUUUCCUUCACUCGAAUUAUCGACAAAUCCUAUGCGUUCCGGGAUUUUCAUUUGA